UGCUCUCACAUCCUCAACUGGCCGGACAGAGUCUCUCUCUCUCUCUCACACACACACACACACACAUAGAAAGACGGGGAGAAAGAGAGAGUCCCGGCGGGAUCCGAUGCCAGAACUGAGUUGGAACCUGGAUCGGGUUUAGUGAGCGGGACGGAGCCUCCUCUCCGAUGCGCUGACACGUCUGCAGACAUUACACACACAUCCCGUGGCGCGGCGGAGGGAAGCUUUUGACACAUUGUUGAGUCCACGGCACGGGAGACGCGCACAGGGGGAAGAUGUUGCUGAAGGAGUACAGGAUAUGCAUGCCCCUCACAGUGGAGGAGUACCGGAUCGGCCAGUUGUACAUGAUCAGCAAACACAGCCACGAGCAGAGCGACCGAGGGGAGGGCGUGGAGGUGGUCCAGAACGAACCGUACGAAGACCCCACGCACGGCCAAGGACAGUUCACAGAGAAACGAGUCUACCUCAACAGUAAAUUACCCAGCUGGGCUCGAGCAGUCGUUCCUAAAAUCUUCUACGUGACAGAGAAAGCGUGGAACUACUACCCUUACACCAUAACAGAAUACACUUGCUCAUUCCUUCCCAAGUUCUCCAUCCACAUAGAGACAAAAUACGAGGAUAACAAAGGAUGCAAUGAUAAUAUUUUCGACACCGAGCUGAAGGACCAGGAGAGGGAGGUGUGCUUUGUUGACAUUGCCUACGAUGAGAUCCCCGAGCGUUACUAUAAGGAGUCUGAGGAUUUGCGUUACUUCAAGUCAGAGAAGACGUCAAGAGGGAUACUUCAGGAAGGCUGGAGGGACACACAGGAUCCCAUCAUGUGCUCGUACAAACUGGUCACGGUCAAGUUUGAGGUGUGGGGUCUGCAGACACGAGUGGAGCAGUUUGUUCACAAGGUUGUGCGAGAUGUGUUGCUGCUGGGACACCGACAGGCGUUCGCCUGGGUGGAUGAGUGGAUCGACAUGACAAUGGAUGAGGUGAGAGAGUUUGAACGCAACAUUCAGGAGGCCACCAACCAGAAGAUCGGGAUGUUUCCCCCGUCGAUCUCCAUCAGCGAGACGUCCCUGUCCUCCUGUGCCCUCACCGGCCCCGCCAGUGCCCCUUCCACCCCCAUGUGCACCGACGCACCCGAGUCCCUCUCCGUCCCCAAAGACCGACCCCGUAAAAAGUCUGCUCCAGAAACCUUGACCCUUCCCGACCCCGCUCCCAGCGGGGUCCCCCAGGGAUCUAACCUUGGCCCGUUGACCAUCUCAAAUCACGUCCAAACAUCCGCACCGUCCUUCAACUCUGAGCUUGCCGAGAUGGACGAGCAGUAGAGGGACCUUGGACUGUCUUCCCCCCCGACUCCUGUUGUACUUAUUCCCCAAGCCUAUUGUCUUACGAGCCCAAUGAGACUAGCCUAACCUCUGAACACCAGUGCCCAAAUAUUCAAGUUCUCUAGCCAUAUCCAACGAUUCGCCAUAGUCCUGGACAACAACAGACCAUCUAGGAGUCUUUCCAUCUGUGUCACUCUUACAAUCUCGGCAGCUGUACCCUCAGCUACCCCGAUGUGGCUGACUUCCUGUCCCUGUGAUUCCGGCCACAUGUCAAAUAUGUAUUCUAAAAAGCGUCCAUAGGAUUUAGUUGAAAACAAAACUCAUAGGUGAUUAUUUUUGUAGAGAGGCAUGUUUUUAAUUUCAUGUCAAUGUAAUAUUUUCAGAAUUACCUUAGUUAUACUAUAGUCAUACUAUCGGAUAAGCUGGCUAUGAACUUUUGAACUUUGAAGUAGUUGCCUUAACACCACAGAGCCAGUGGUGUUUAUUAGUUUUACCAAUGUGUGCAAAUGGAUGACAAACGUCUAGUUUCAGUCUGCAAAAUGUUUGCAGUUAAAUAGAAAAGAAGUUGAUGACACAAAGCAGAAUAGCACAGUAGAUGUAAUAUGUUAGAAUACCACACAUUGGAGAGAGAGUCAAGUCCCCUCUUGACAGCUCCACCUCUUACUUGAGCCAUCCAAACUGGCCUUUAAAUCAUAAUUUACUUUUUUUUUUUUGUUUACUUUCCAACUUUAGUAACAAACGAGAUGCAAGAUCAGUACAAUCAGAGAGAGAAUACACCUCAGGUCCCCCCGACUACCUGGCUCGCACUUCAAAGGCAGGGAUAAAACUGUACCUUUCUCUCCCUGCUUAUUGCCAAACACCUACGUUUUAUACCUCCACAGAUACUAGAACACCGUCACUAUUGUAUGUAAGAUACCGGUCUACUUAACCCUGGGAAUGUUUACACAUUAGAAACCUUGGAACAUUUGCAUAUUAGCAGCAAUGCUUUAGCAAAAAGCUGUUGUUACACUUGCAGUUUUAAAACGGUAGUUCAAUGUUAUUUUAAUGAAGUGUACGACUGUGUGUAUACAAAUAGCUGAAGCUGGCUAAAAUGUCAGUACAACUAAAGUAAUUCAUGUUAAUAUUAAAAAAAAGAAAAAUAAGAGAAAAAGAAAUUAAAUGUUGCCUGAAACUAAUGCUGGACUCAUUGCUGCUCUCAUGUGACAUAAAUGUGACCCCGCUUUGAUCAAAUCAUAUCACCUUUAUGUCACAUGCAGGAACAAGGCCAUCUUUGGGAGGUUUUUAGACGUUGACUGAUCUUUGUGCACAGUGGAGGAAAUGAUUCGAUUCGAGGAGUAGAGCACGUGCAUCAAGCUGACUUGAGUGUGUGCUUUUUCUUUUCUUUUUUUUUUUUUUUUUUGAAGGUGCAUGGCAUGUGCAGAAGUACUCAUACUUUUGUCUCUUGGCCUUGCCAAUUGUUGAAAUCAAAUCCGUGUUUUUUUUUUUUUUUUAACAGAGCAGGAAACAAUUCCUUUGCAGUGGCCAUUGUCUAUGAUGGGCUUGUGCGACUUGUUGCCACCUAAAACCCUCAAUGAGUGACAAAAACAUUAGAAGAGCAACAUUUUUGGAUGGAAAAUGCCCCCAUUUCCUUCCAGUCAAAUUAUUCAAAGAAAGGGUUUUAAUAUGCUGCAUGAAAUGUUCUCAUAAAAUUAACAUUGCGUGAAGUAUAUACGGAUAUACUGUAGGUGGACGAUCAGUCUGGUAUAUCUAGUGAUGCAAUUGUAUGAAACAA